CAACUGCCCUGGUGUCUGUUUUGUCUCCCCAGCGUCGUCCCUUGACCAGAGCACGCCAGACACGACCCUUCAGCUCGACCUUCCUCUAGUAACGCCCCGCGUUACUUUGUUUUUCUUGACCCUUCCUCUAUUUACUUCCAAAGCCUGGUCUUUAAUCCUUUUGUUCCUGACGCAAGGCCGAGCGCUUCCCAAAGCUCGUGUGACGACGACCACUCCUAUAUACUUCGCGUCCUUCAUCACCAACAAGCAAUUUCCUUCGAACAAGCCGCAAUGGCCGACCAUCUCACACCCCCUUCGUUCUUGACGGACAAUUCCGUCGCCGCUGCCCUCAAGGAUGCAUACAGUUCGUUUUCAGAGCGAAGGGCGGCUCUUGGCCUACCCAACCCAGGAACCGUGGAUAACAUCGCCAGAGAGGUGCAAAAGGAGGUUCUAUUGUCCAACUUUAUGUUCACGGGCCUCCGGGCAGAUCUGACCAAGGUUUUCGGCAUGUCUCCUUUGUUCCGGGUCUCGCAUGCGUUCUCCAUGGGUUCGUCGGGGAACCUGCCGCCGUAUGCUUUCUCGGCCAUGUAUGGGAGUCCAAAGGUUUUCAUGCAAGGUAACUUCGGAAGUGACGGUGCGCUUGCUGCUGUCGGCAACUACCGUUGGUGUCCCAAGCUUGUCACCAAGACGAACACUCAAAUCAUGGCCGGUGCUAGCCAGGGUCUGAUGCAGAUUGAUAACGAUUAUACUGGCGAUGACUUUUCGGCCUCCUUGAAAGCGUUCAACCCGUCCUUCUUGGAUGGAGGUCUCACCGGAAUUUUCGUGGGCAGCUACCUUCAGUCGGUCACCCCCAGUUUGGCCCUUGGUUUUGAGGCGAUCUGGCAGCGUCAGGGUAUGACCACUCGCCCGGAAACAGCGCUCUCUUACAGCGCCCGGUACAAGACCAGCGACUGGAUUGCCAGCGCCCAACUCCAGGCCCAGGGAGUCUUCACGGCCUCUUACUGGAGGAAGCUCUCCGAGCGUGUUGAAGCCGGCGUUGACAUGAACCUUCAAUUUGCUCCCAAUGCCGCCGCCGCCCUGAUGGGUGGACCUAGCAAGGAUGGCACGACUGCUAUCGGUGCUAAGUACGACUUCCGGGCAUCCACCUUCCGGGCUCAGGUCGACAGUGCCGGAAAGGUCAGCUGCCUUCUCGAGAAGCGGAUAGCGAUGCCCAUUGCCUUGACUUUUGCUGGCGAGAUAGAUCAAGCUAAGCAAUCGGCUAAGCUUGGCCUUGCUGUGUCCCUCGAGAUCGCCGGUGAGGAACUGAUGGAGCAGCAAGAUAAGAUCGAGGCGCAGGGCAUGAUUCCUCCUCCGUUCUAAACUCACGCAAAACAUAGUUGCGGCUAAUCCAGUUCACCCGGCUUUAUACAUUUUCACCCCUUUGUUUUAUUAACACUUCACUCCCCCUAUGUAUGUUUGGAAAAUGGUGCGUUAUCCCGGUUUGUUACCAUGAAUGCGGUUUGCUGGUCCAGGAAGGCAGUUGUUUGGCGCCAUGGAAACCACCUUUUGUAUAGAUCCAUCUCUGGCUUGGUCUGAAUUUCUUUGUUCCCUUUCAUAUUAUUCUAUUCUUAGGGAAUCAUCUAUUAUCAUCUACCUUUGUCCCUAUUGUCACAUCGUCAUCUCCAACCCUCUUGGCUGAUCUGUAUGACUGCGAAACACGGAUGGGGACAUUUUCAGGGAGCUGUUACUAUUUGCUAUGCAUCAUAGAUGGGCAAUGUAAAACAUGUUUUGAUUA